AGCCCGAGUUAGUUCUUUUAAGCAAUUAGUAUCUUGUUGUUCAUCGAUCCCGAAUCCGAUUCUCAAUUUUCCACCGCCCGUUGUCUGUCUCAGCAAAUUCCGAUGGCGCCAAAGGCAGAUAAGAAACCCGCCGAGAAGAAGCCAGCCGCUGAAAAGCCGGCCGAGGAGAAGAAAUCUGUCGCGGAGAAAGCUCCGGCGGAGAAAAAGCCCAAGGCUGGAAAGAAGCUUCCGAAGGAAGGCGGCGCCGCUGCUGCUGGAGAUAAGAAGAAGAAGAGGUCGAAGAAGAGCGUAGAGACGUACAAGAUCUACAUCUUCAAGGUGCUGAAGCAAGUUCAUCCAGACAUCGGUAUUUCCAGCAAGGCCAUGGGUAUCAUGAACAGUUUCAUCAACGAUAUCUUUGAGAAACUCGCUCAGGAGUCAUCUAAGUUGGCUCGCUACAACAAGAAACCUACCAUAACUUCAAGGGAGAUCCAGACAGCCGUCAGGCUUGUUCUUCCCGGUGAGUUGGCCAAGCACGCCGUGUCUGAGGGUACGAAGGCAGUAACUAAGUUCACAAGAGAAAAGAAGCCCGCCGAGAAGAAGCCGGCCGCCGAAAAGGCGGUAGAGGAGAAGAAAUCAGUCGCGGAGAAAGGACCGGCGGAGAAAAAGAUCAAGGCCGGGAAGAAGCUGCCGAAGGAAAGCGGCGCUGCUGCCGGAGACAAAAAGAAGAAGAGGUCGAAGAAGAGCAUAGAGACGUACAAGAUCUACAUCUUCAAGGUGCUGAAGCAAGUUCAUCCGGACAUCGGAAUCUCCAGCAAGGCCAUGGGUAUCAUGAACAGCUUCAUCAACGAUAUCUUCGAGAAACUCGCUCAGGAGUCUUCUAAGUUGGCUCGCUACAACAAGAAGCCAACCAUAACUUCGCGGGAGAUUCAGACGGCCGUCAGGCUUGUUCUUCCUGGUGAGUUAGCCAAGCACGCUGUAUCUGAGGGCACCAAGGCCGUGACUAAGUUCACAAGUUCUUAAAUCUAGAAUUAGGUGAUUUUAGGUUGAAAAGCUGGAAAAAAAUUAGGGUUUGUAGGCUCUGAUUUUGGAUUUGUCGAUUUCUUCACCAAUAGAUGCUUGUGAUUUGUAUAUGCUUCGUUUCAUAUUCAAGUUAGUAAUGGAAUUAAUUUUUGUUCAA